CCUUUCCUCGCUGCGGCCAGACAGGACGAGGACUCGCCGCAGUCUCUCGCCAGGAUGGCAGUCGUCCUGGCUGCGCUGCUGCUGGCCUCCGCCGCCAGCCACGUGACAGAUUCAGCAUCAACGAAGGAUGAUUGCAAGUAUGACCCUGACAUGUGCGAUGUUAAAGACAUGGGUACGACUGCGCUUAUGAAAUACAUGAAUACCCAGCCGCCACAAUUUACUACACCAGAACUAUCGCCAGAAAUGCUGCUCCACUCCUAUGCGGACGAAAGAGUAAACCAGUCAACCCUGUACGAUUUACUGAAACUUGCCGAUACUAUAGUUUCAAAACGAACCCGCCAUUUAAGAGGUAACACGACAGUGCUGCUAGAUGUCGAGAAAAUAGUUGAGAAUGCGGACGUACCAGCCAAAAGUUACAAGGUUGAGAAUCUGACACACAUAUCUGUUGCUGUCGAGGAAGCUAGUGCCAACGUUGCCACGGUGAUGGCAUUCAAAAGAAUCGCAGGGCACGGCGGAAGAAACAAAUCCUGGGAGAUACAGACCAACUCAAACUCGAGCAGUGACGACUUGGAUUACGCUAGUGACGACGUCGUCGUGAGACUACCUCCGGCGAACAUCAGCACCGCGGCGACUGCAAUAGUUUACGCCGACCCUGAGAAGCUGUUCCGAGAGAGGGACACGCAGAAGGGGAAAGUUCUCAACUCCGACGUGGUCAACGUGAAGAUCAGCGGCGAAGCGAGGCUGCCCUACGUGGACACAGUCUUCAGGAUGAAGAUGAACGUCCACGGAUGCGAGGAGCCCGUGUGCGAGUACUGGAACCACAGCGAGACGGACGAAGGCCGCUGGUCGGGAGACGGAUGCAGGCUGAUGAGGGUCGGGAAGGGGAAGGUGUUCUGCCGCUGCAGCCACUUGACGCACUUCGGCUCGCUGAUACAGAACAGCCCGAUGGAGCUGGGGCGCGCGCACGACGCGGCCUUGGACGCCAUCACCUACCUGGGCUGCGCCAUGUCCCUGGCGGGGGUGGGCAGGAUCGUUGCGGUGGCGGCGGCCCGCCCCCGGUGGCGGCGGGACGUCGGCCACAAGCUGGUGCUCUGCCUCGCCGUCAACGUGGCGCUCAUGACGACGCUGUUCCUGCCCGUGGCCGUCGGCGCGGUGGGGUCGGGCCCCGCGUGCGUCGCCGUCGGCGCGGGACUCCACUACCUGCUGCUCUCGUCCUUCGCGUGGACGCUCGUCUCGGCGUGGCUCCAGUACCGGCGCUUCGUCGUCGGGAUCUGCGCGCCCGUCACCCACCUCAUCCUCAGGAUGUCCCUGCUGUCGUGGGCCCUGCCGCUGCUCCCCGUGGCGGUCCUGCUGUGCGUGGACCCGCACAUCUACGCCAACCGCAACCUCUCCUGCCACCCGCGCACCGUCUGCUUCCCCACGGACGUCUACUUCUACGCGACCGUCACCGCGCCCGUGGGUCUCGUCGUGCUCGCCAACGCCUUCAUAUUCGCGCGCGUAGUGCACGCGUUCUUCGGGUGCGCGCGGAAGGUGCGGCCGACCAGGGGCGGCAGCAAGUCCACCCGGGUGCUGUUCAUGGUCGUGUUCGAGUUCUUCCUCCUCGGCCUGCCAUGGGUGUUCGGGCUGCUGUCCGCCGUGCACGUCGUCUUCCUCUACCUGUUCUGCCUGACGGCGACCCAGCACGGCUUCGUCCUCUUCCUGUUCUUCGUGUUCCUGAAGAAGCCCGAGCGCCACAAGCUGGCCGACACCUCGGCAGGCGUCGCGUGCAACAGCGAAGCGAGGAACGAGCAGCAUCGACCGCCGGAAAUGAUGCGCUUUAAAAGGGUUUCGGAUAACCGCUGAGGAAAUUUACUGUAUCAGAUUUCUAGAGAACGUAAUUCUUGAAAGUGAUAUGAGUAGAGACCGGAAAAAUUCGCGGAUUCAUUUCGUGACAGGCUGAAAUUCAAACAUGUGUACAAUUCUGCUGGUUCUGCUAUUGGCUCGCGGUUUAACUGGAGCUCUCUGGGCCAAUGAGAGACUAUUGACCAAAGAAGCGUCGAAUCACAAGCUACCCAUGUGGAGACGACUCACAAUUUAGUAACCAAUGAACACGCGUGUUUACUUGAGAAGUGAAGAGGAUAAUGGAGGCUAUCCUAGAGGUCAUUUAAUCCGCGAAUUUUUCCUGUCCCUAGAUAUGAGACUAUUAUUUGAAAUAUUUAUGAGUAACAGUUGCUUCCCCGAAUCUACUGUCCAUGGGAAUCAAACCAAAAAUCUAAAAGUAAUUUAUUAAUUAAAAUUUUGAAACAUGCUAUUUUGCACAAUCAUGCAGUGAAACCAUGUAGAGUAAUUCAUGAUUAUUUAAGGUAAUUUUAAUUUGAUGGUUAGUUUCAUACAUUCAAAUACCUACAGUAAAAAAUCAAUAACAGCAUGUAGAAAGUAGCUUCAAAAUGAUAGAUGUACAAACAAAAGUUCCAACUAAGUUUAAAUUUGGCUAUUUAAAAUGCUUAUAAAACAUAUUUCAUAUGUUGCUAUUUAUUUAUUUUCGAUGUACAUUAAUGCACAGUGUUGGUAAAAGAUACAAGAUGUAUCGCAACAGUAGUGAGACAGGAGGCCUUAUCAGGAACCUUUAAGUCAAGCAUAUUGCACAUGUAAAGCUUGGCUAAUUUGUUGUUUGCUUGAGAAAUCCUCAUUAUUUUCACCAUAGACCUCCAAGCGUAUUGAUUUUAAUGACUAAGUUGAUACUCAGCAAUGCAUGCCACUUUGCCACUUCCUAAUUAAGUACAUGCUAGGAUUUACGAAUAAUAACUAAUUGACGAGAAACAUUAAUUUAAGAGGUGUAUUACACUGUUAACGCCUAGUGAACACACGAUAUACCCGGAAAAGUGACCUUAUGACUUCGUCCUACUCAUUCAAAUACACCCCUAGAUGGGCAUACGGGCAUAUGUACUUAUUCAAAUCAUUUGGUACAUUGCUUGAAAAAAAGCAAAGCUGCCGUUACGAAGAAAAAAAAAAAGUGGCUGCGCGUACUUCUGGUAUGAAUACAACCCCUUGCAACAAGUCAGUCUACCAAAGAAACGGUGGGUGGAACAGAAAAAAACCUUCCAGGUGGCUUCCAAAUGGGGAGCCCGUUUCUUUUCUUGGGCUCCCCAUGCGGUGGCCAUUCCGGGGGUUUCUCCGGGGUCGCGGAGUUUUGCAAAAAAUUUUUUUUAAUUUUGGAUAAGAUAAAUGUACCAUGAAUCGGAAUUGAAAACACAAUAUUUAUCACGCUCGGUAAUAUUUUAAAGAAUUCUAGGUUAAAUUUGGUGUCAGAGUUUCGUAUUGUAGCUAAGUGUUUUUGAAACAUCUCUAGCGAAUACUGAAAGCAUCGCUCAUUUUUUCCCCUCGAAAUCUCUCGUUUUCCAUGCUCAGGACUAUGCAACGCAUUCAUCCGAUCAAAAAUUUUAUGUUUUAAUAUCUCUGUCGGAAAUAUGUUACAUACUCAAAAAUCAUGCAUGCACAUUGUUUAUAUAUAUAUAAACAAUGUGCAUAUACUGUAUAUAUAUAUAUAUAUAUAUAUAUAUAUAUAUAUAUAUAUAUAUAUAUAUAUAUAUAUGGAUACAUACAGGUAUACGCGGACAUUUGUAGGUUUAAACCUCGCUAUCUAAGAAUCUGAAAUUGAUUUCCGCCUAUGUUUUCCUUAAGUAAUUAAGUUGUGACGAAGGGUUACCGAAUUAGUGCUAUUUUUAUACACUUGGAUCUGAAUCUUUUUCACGUUGUAUGCUAUUACGUGUACGCCAGCGACAAAGUGUUGUGAAUACCGCCUAAUAAAGAAGAAUAUUACCCAAAUUUUUCUAAUUUUAUCCAAUUUAAGUUAAUGUCAGAAGAAAGAGGGGUGUGUCUUGAGGCCUUUAAGCCCACUCCUGUAUCCGCCAUUGUGACAUAUUAUUACUAGGAUUUACCCUUCCAGUUCAGUUACAUACAUUUACCCUUAUAAUUUAAUCAUAAAAUAUUCAUCAGUUUUAAACACACGUACAAAACUAGAGUUUUUUUUUGUUAUACGACUACAAAGUAGUCAAAGACUAAGUAUUUGCCUGCACUGAUACAGCAGUCAGUCAAGAAACAUUUGUUCAAAAAAAUACUUGUUUGUUUCAACUACAUAUUUUGGCCUAAUUAUAGCAUUGUUUCAGGUAGUACUACAACUCGUCUGUACUUGUCUAAAUGUUUUUUUACUGUAAAAGUUGCUUUGCACAAUAAAAUAGUUAAAACUAAAUUUUAA